AUAUUGACUGACAGUUCGUUUGUGUUGAUAAACUCACUGUAACACACAAAAACGCCGUGAAAUUGUUUUUUUUCAUUUUUUGUGAGAGAGUAUUAACGAAAAACCAUAUGUUUUUCACUCGCAAAGUCCACGUAAAUUCACAGAAACUGGAAAACAUUUUGAAUAUAGCGUAUUUAUAACUGGGAUUAGUAUUUCGAAAGAUUUGGAUAUUGUGCGUCCAUUUAGAAGUUCGAGGCUAAAGUGGACAGCUUUCUUUGCGUCAUGUUCUCAUCAAUUACCAUGUUCAACAAUCGAAAGUGAAUCGUGCAAUUUUCAUUCUAUAUACGUUUGAUGAGGUCAAUCGAAGAAACGAGACAAAUAAUGUGAUGUGUUUGUAAUUCAUUUGGAAUAAUCAAUUGUUCAUUGAGCCUCAAAUUCACAUUGUAAGACUACAUUCGAACAACAAGUUGAUAAAAUGGCAUAUUUAUUGGUGUUUGGUAUAAUUGCCGCAUUAACAUUGGCCACGGCAUCACUUUAUCGAUAUGGAAAUGUCCAGCGACAGCAUCCCGUUGUAACAUUGUCGGUGUUGACCGCCUGGUGUUUUUCCUUUUUGAUUGUGUUUACAAUUCCGCUUGAUGUGACCUCGACAGUGUAUCGGCAAUGUAUUCAUGAGUACGAUCCAGAUAGUCAGCCAAAGAUUGAUGGCUCAAAUGUGCCCAAUACGACAACAACAUGCCAGAAGCCAUGGGGCAUGGUUCCCGACGAAGUUUUUCCAAAUUUAUGGCGUAUCAUCUAUUGGACGAGUCAAUUCCUCACGUGGUUGAUAAUGCCUCUGAUGCAGUCUUACUUGAAAGCUGGUGAUUUUACGAUUAAGGGCAAACUCAAAGCGGCUGUAAUCGAUAAUGCCAUUUAUUAUGGAUCAUACCUAUUCAUUUGUGGUAUUCUCCUGAUCUACCUGGCUCUAAAGCCUGAUGUUCAUAUCAUGGAAUGGCAGAAACUAAAAGCGAUCGCUUCAUCAGCAUCAAAUACAUGGGGUCUAUUUUUGCUUGUAUUACUGCUAGGUUACGCAUUAGUCGAAGUACCUCGAAGUUUAUGGGUACAUUCAAAGCCGGGUGUAACAUUGAAACAGGCCUAUUUCAAAUUGGCCAAGCUGAAUAUCGACAAAGCUGAUGCCGAAGAGAAUGUGGAUGAUGUUUUAGAAUCAUUGAAUGCUGUGAGCCAGGUAACGCCAUUGACGCAUGAGUUACGGCCGUGCAUCGAUACAAUUCUACGCAAAGUUCCAACGGAGCUAAUGGAACGAGUGCGGCGCCAUGGUCGCAACGAUGGAGGACAAUCGAAUGCUGUGCCAACUGAAAAGUCAUUAAUCCGUUUACACAAACAAGUCAUAAAAUCGAUUCAGACUUUCCAACGAACCGAAGCAUUGUGGAAUGUGCAGGUGGAGAAGGUGUUGCAUUUGGAAGAUGUCGAAAAGAAUAUGAGCUCAAUGGAUCGUCGAUUCAGGCCCGAAUUUCCGCAACAACAAACCAAAUUGCAAGAGCUAUUUUGUAAUCCGACCAUUGACUGGUAUUGGCAGUGUCAAUUGAAGCCGCCGUUCAUGCGUGGAAUGGCUGUAGUCUUAGGUGCACUAUCGCUAAUGGUGGUCUGGAGUGAACUGACCUUCUUCAAUCGAUCGCCAGUGCUGUCAAUAUUCGCAAUAGUAGUCAAUUUGGCGAAAAGCAGUCACGAUUUCUUGACCAUUGAACUCUUCUCAAUGGUUGCACUGUGCUAUCUCUGCUAUUGUGCUUAUUCAACUGUGUUUCGUAUCAAAUUCUUGAACUUAUACUAUUUGGCGCCUCAUCAUGCAACCAAUGAGCAUAGUUUAAUCUUCAGUGGAAUGCUUCUGUGUCGACUGACGCCGCCAAUGUGCUUAAAUUUCCUCGGUUUGAUUCACAUGGAUUCACACAUCAUCAAAAAGCGAAUAUCCGAAACGUAUUACACGCAAAUCAUGGGCCACAUGGAUGUGCUUGGUAUCAUUUCGGAUGGGUUUAAUAUCUAUUUCCCGAUGGUGAUGCUCGCUUUUUGCCUAGCCACAUGGUACAGUUUGGGCAGUCGAGCACUGAACGCUCUCGGUUUUCAACAAUUCAUGCUGAAUGAAAUCGAUCAGAAUGAAUCCAUUUCGAAUGAGUUCAUUCAAGAAGGCAAGAGUUUAAUUGGUCGUGAAAAACGACGUCGGCAACGUUCCGAAGAGAGUCGGGCGAGACGAAGGGGUCAACAGUUACCAGCUCGUGAGCUUUCAAGCUAUCGCUCGAGUUCUGCGAGUAAUCAAGGCAAUGGCCGUGGUGGAAAUGCGGGUGGUUUUGAUACAUCUCGUACAUUCAAUGAUGGAUUGCUCGGCGAUGGCGAUUCAUAUGAUUACAAUGCAACUAAUCAACUCAGCCGAACAUUUUCCGAUGAAAUCAAUGAACGUUUUGGCGAUAGUACGCAGAUUAAAGUUGGUUUUAAGGGCUACAAUGAAUUGGAUUCCGACAAUGAGGACGGUGGUGGCCGACAGUGGAACACAAAAGGUGGCCCACCACGUGGUCUUUUUGACGAUGUAUAAAUGGCUAGCUUUUAAGUGUAACAUUUAAUGUUUAUUUUGAAUUAAGUCAUAGUUACGGUGCAUUUUUGAUAAGUCCUACUCAUGAUCCAAUGAACGAGAAAUGUUAUAACAUUCUUUUUCUAUUUGGAAUGAUCUAGUCUCUUUUUGCACGUGGAAAGGAUGCUUUAUCAGCUGUAAAUUUAAGUAAAUAUUGUGCGUAUGAAUGUGAAUAGAGCACAAAAUUUAUGGGAAUCAGGAUGAUUCAUGCAUAUUCCGUGUCACAUUAUCUAUUUUGGAACAAAUGCAUGUACGAUAAUAUGACUAACAAGGAUACAUCACUAUUGGUUACGGUCUUUGAGCGAAACCACGUAUGCCAUAGUUUAGGGCUUCGAUAGACUAGCUCCACACCACUCUUCGUUUUGGCCCAUAUGAGCAAUUAUGUUUUGCUACAUCGCUUUGAAGUUUUCCAAUAUAGCCAUAUAUUUCGCAUUUUGACAACCUUAAUUUUGGUCCAUACUCGUCCCCCAUUGGUUAUAUCGUUUCAAUAUCUUCGGCAAAAUUGUAGCUAAGAGUCCAAUCAACAAAGUUUAUCAACAUUCUAUACCUCAAAAAUGGCAUCUGACUAGACUUAUAAGGCAAAAUUUCGAAAAAAGGACGAUUUUUCCCAAUUUUUCGACCAUAACUCGUAAAACAUCCAUUUUUUUGUUUUCUGUCUUCGGCAUUAUUGUAGCCAGCGUCAAACUAAACAACUCUCCUGAACACAUUAUCCCAAAAAAAUCACAUCAAGCCCACUUUUUUUGCUCAAAGUCACUUGUCGCUACCAAACGAUAUCAUCGAGCAUUUUUGGAGUUCUAUAACUUCUCAACUACUCGAAAUAGAGCAAUAGUUUCUGAAGCAACUUUUUAGUACUUCUCAUGGGCUUUGCAGACUCAGUACUAAAAGUACUAAAAGAGUACUAAAAUGUACUAAAAACUACUAAAUCCUUUCAAUGGUUCUGGACACCUUCUGUAGGUGAUGCUACGUAGUACUAAGGAGUAAUAAUAUUAACAGAAUUGAACUGUUACAGACCCUCAUGAACGUUACUAUUAUUAUAUUGAAACGAUAUAACCAAUGGGGGACGAGUAUGGACCAAAAUUAAAGUUGUCAAAAUGCGAAAUAUAUGGCUAUAUUGGAAAACUUCAAAGCGAUGUAGCAAAAAAUAAUUGCUCAUAUGGGCCAAAACGAAGAGUGGUGUGGAGCUAGUCUAUCGAAGCCCUAAACUAUGGCAUACGUGGUUUCGCUCAAAGACCGUAACCAAUAGUGAUGUAUCCUUGUAAGUAAAAAAAAACAACUUUGUUCCAUUAAAUUUGAUCUAAUUUCUGAUGGCAACCCCAAAUGAAUGCAUUUUUUUGAUUCCACUUUCCAAAUAUAUUUUUAUUUUGAUUUGUGUUCAUUUCUUUCAAUGAAUUAUGCGGAAUGUUAAGGUUACACCAAACCAACCAUAUCUACCAUCACACACAUACAUUACAAAAUUUAUAGCCGCAAACAAAAUACAAUUUACAAAAUAAUGAUGAAAGAAUUCUGUUUAUGGUGAAAAUAGGUAAUUUGUCUUUCGUUUUUUUUGUCUCUUCUCUUUCUCUUUCCCGUUUCUAGUUUAUAUAAUGCAUAUACAUAAGCUAUAUUGUAGAACAUUUCUUGCCAAGAUUUUAGACUGUUAUCAGAUCUAAUAAUAAAACUACGCAGUUUGCAAACAAAACAAA